AUGCUUGGGAAGAUGAAACGUCUGAAGGGAGAAGAGAUGCUGUGGGGAGUGAACGAAAGAAGAUGGCUGAUCCUGACCCUGCUCCUGCUGGCUUUUGUGCGAGGCUGCCCAGCUGACUGCCCCACCUCCUGUACUUGUGGUCUGGGGAACGGGACAGUGGUGUGCCACGGUGCCCAGCUCACCACCCCUCCAAGACUGCUUCCUGACGGGAUGACGAGGCUGGACUUGAGCAGCAACUUGAUUGAGUGGCUGGGCCGGGGAACCUUUGGCAAUCUGACCGAGCUACAGGAGCUGGACCUCAGCGACAACCUGGUGUCCAACAUCGAGGAUGAAGCAUUCUGUGGCCUGCCCAGUCUCCUCACCCUCCGGCUGCGCGGUAACCGUCUAGACACCAUUCAGCCCGGCGUGAUGAGGGCCUUGCCCAACCUCCGCAGCCUGCAGCUGGGUGAUAGGCUGUCCCAUGUGGAGGCUGGAGUCUUCGCUGGCCUAGCACGACUACGGCAUCUAUCCCUGGGCAUGGCGUCUGCCGCCCGCCAGGUGCCCAUUGCUUCCCUCUCAUCACUGCGUGGCCUCCGGUCACUGCGCCUUUCCGGCUUGGGGGCCAGAACACUGGAGGCCGGCUCCUUCCAUGGCUUGCGACACCUCCGCCACCUGCGCAUUGACCGCUGGCCUCAGCUGGAGGAGCUGAAUCCAGGCGCUCUGGACAGCCUCAACCUCACCAGCCUUUCGAUCACCCGCUGCAACCUGAGCUCAGUACCGGGCCACUCCUUCGCCCACCUGGUCUACCUGCGGUGUCUCGACCUCUCACACAACCCCAUCACUGCGGUGCAUGGGAGUGCACUGAAGGGCCUGGCUCGCUUGCGUGAGCUGCGGUUGGCUGGUGGCGGCCACCUGGCUGAGAUCUGGGCUGGAGCCUUCCGGGGCCUGCCCAGCCUCCGAGCCCUCGAUGUGUCGGGCAACAAAUUGGUAACACUAGAGGAAGCGGCCUUUGAAUCAGUGGGCAGCCUGGAGUCCCUGGGACUGGGCUCCAACCCACUGGCCUGCGACUGCCGGCUCCGCUGGCUGCUACAGGCUAAGGCGCCUGGGCUGGACUGGGGGCGGCGGCUGCCCACUUGCACCGACCCGGAGGGGGUACAUGGCGUUCAGCUGGUGGAGCUAGGCGCUGCCGAGCUUACCUGCCGCCGGCCCCGUAUCAACAUCCGACCCCAGGCCCAGGUGUCGGUAGCUGAGGGGCAGACGGUGAGACUGGCAUGUGGGGCUGUGGGCUGGCCAGCUCCGUUGGUGAACUGGGUCGCGCCCGACCUCCGGUUGCUGAGUGGUGGCAAGGGUGGUCGGCUCCAGAUGCUGGCUGAUGGCUCGCUGGAGAUCCGCCUGGCCCAGGCCGGGGACUCUGGUCUCUAUCUGUGCACCGCGUUUAACCUAGCAGGUAACGACUCUGCCUCUGCUCACCUGCUUGUGAGCGGCUGGGGCACCCCCACCACCCCUGCCUCUGCUGGUCCUUCCCUGCUGGACCCUCCGACGUUGACAGUUGUCCUGACCCUGGGCUUGGCCUGCUUCCUUGGCGUCACCGUGUUCUGCUUCACACUUCUGCUGCUCUGGAGUCGGCUGAAGGGCCCCAUCAAACGCACCGGCAGCGUGGAGGUGCUCAGGCACUCAAGCAGCAUCAGCGCACAGUCCGAGGCCAUCAAGUACACCACCAAAAUGCUGUGAAGGGUUAUGGGGGGGUGGGGGGGCGAUAGGGUGGUCAGUUCCUUGGACUGGACUGGUGAGCAAGUGCUGGAAUUAAGGACAGUCCCCUUCCCUCCCCUCAUCUCCCCUUCCCUAGUGUAGAAGGCGGACUUGGUGGAAGGGGUUGAACUAAUCUCCGCUCUCAGUUGUGAAGCCUCCCCAUGCCUGAUGUCACCUUUCCCCCUUGCCUCACCUGCAAAACUCAGCCCCAUGAGUGACCCCCACUCCUCUAUCUCACUUGCUACAGAGUUAAUGAAGUGUUUUGCACUGGAGGGGGUGCGGUGAAGCUUCGCCCAUGUGGUGGCUGGUCUGGAGCAUUUCAGUGCAAUGGAGACACUAUACAGACAAGGUGUUUUCACUGGGGCAGAGGAGGCUCGGAGUGUCCUGCAUGGGGUGUAUGAAAUCAUGAGGGUGAAACAUAAGGAAGAUUGUCAAAAUCUUUUACCGUAUGGCUGGUGGUGUGAGUGGGGGGCAACUAAGAUGAGAAGGCAGAGGCUUAGGGCGAGAGAUGGGACAUUCAGAGGGAUUUGAGAGGGAAUGUUUUUGCACAGAGGGGUGGUUAGAGUCCAAAACAUGCUGCCGAAAGAGAUGGUGGAGACAGAGGAACUCUCACAGCAUCCAGACAACAGUUUGAACUGUCGAGUCCCAGAGGAGGUCCUGAUGUGGGAUAUGGACAUAGGUACAGCAGAGGGUGUGAGUAUAAUGGGUGGAAGGGCCUGUUUCUGUACUGAACAGUUCUAUGACUGUCACACACAAAACGCUGCAGGGACUCGGCAAAUCAGACAGCAUCCAUGGAGGGUAAUAAACAUUUGACAUUUUGAGCCGAGACUGUUCACAAGUUCCUGGGGCAUUUUGUGUGUGGGCUGCUUCUGCAGAACCUCAUGAACAAUGGUGGAGCAAACCCAAUGGGCUGAAUGGCCUAAUUCUGCUCCUUUGUUUUAUGGUGUUAUGGAGCAUUGCUGGUUUGACAUUAGUGUAGUCAGUACCAGUACCAUGGAUUUAUGUGACCUUGGCCUAUAAUCAUUGUCUGACAUUGAGUUGCAGGUGGACACACACCUUUCUACCUCCAACCAUUACGUACCUACCCACACUCAUCCCCUUUUAUUCUCCCCACAUUCCCAUCAACUCCACCUUAGAUCAAUCACCAACCUAUGCCAGCAGGGGGGCAAUUUCCAGCAACUGACUAACUUUGCAGCCCAUGGCAUUUCUUUCAGUCCACUGAGUCUGUACAGACCAUCAAGAAGCCAUUUAUACUGAUUCUACACUAACCCCUAUUUAACAUUCCCCUGCAGAUUCCCAUCAACUUAAUUGUGAGCCCAUAAAGUUUUAUUCCCAUUUGACCAUAGGACAUAGGAGAAUUAGGCCAUUUGGCCCAUUGAAGCUGCUCCACCAUUCCAUCACUCUGAUAUUUAUCAUCUCUCUCAAUCCCAUUCUCCUGCCUUCUCCCCAUAACCUAUGAUGCCCUGACUAAUCAAGAACCUAUCAACCCCCAUUUUAAAUAUACUCAAUGAGUUCCAGAGAUUCACCACCCCCAGCUAAAGAAAUUCCUCUUCAUCUUUGUUCUAAUGGGCCAUUCCCUCUAUUCUGAGGAUGUGCCCCAGAACAUUAACCUACGCAGUAAGGGGUUCAAUUUACAGCAUUAACUUUCCAAUCCACAGUACUUCUCAUCUGCUAUUGUCCUUGAAGAGGUGAUACUGAGCCAGAGCUGAAAAAUAGACCUAUUGGCCAUCUGAAUCCGUGCUGACCUUUAAGAAGCCACUUUCACUAAUCCUACAUUAAUGCUUUUUAAAUAUUCCCCUCCACAUUCCGACCCAGAUUCCAACUCCUCACCCACACACCAGAGAGGCAGGUUACAGCGGCCAAGUAACUCACCGACCCCGCAGGUGAUUGAGUUGCAGGUGAAAACUAGAACAGCUGGGGGGGGGUGGGGGAACCCAUACGGUCAUAGGGAGAAUGUGCAAUCUCUGCACACGCGCGACCUGGAGAUCAGGAUUGGACCCAGGUCACUGGAGCCGUGAGGGCAGCUUGAGGAAACAUGGGCAGAGUGCUGAGGUCAGACAUGAAGGGAGGGAGCAGGUGUACGUGGAGCAUGAAGACUGGAUUCUGUAACACAAGAGGUUCUGCAGAUGCUGGAAAUCCAGAGUACACACGCAAAAUGCUACAAGAACUCAGCAGAUCAGGCAGCGCCUAUGGGGGGGGGGGAUAAACAGUUAACAUUUCAGACCAAAACCUUUCACCUUGAUAUGAUCUUUUAUUCCAGUGUGGGAGGGAGUGCGGGAGUCUCAGAAGCAGCUCUGCUCCUUUCCGUGUCUGAGUGUAGAUGCAAAGCUCUUGUGUGUGUAUGUCUGGAUCUGGCUCCUCCAACCUUCCCUCUCCACCCAGGCCAAGCUGCUGGGGAGCCUGGUUCUCCUCACCUGCCUUUCAGUCUGCAGCUUUCAAAAGGUGAUCCAUCAGGAAGCAAAUAUUGAGCCUUUUCACCCAUUACAGGAAGUCUCCGGCACAAGGUGAAAAACAGCCUCCACCCUUGGGCCUGGAUUCAAAUAAUAUGCAACUAAGGUCAUAACUGUACUGUUUCACAAGAUAUUACAGGAUUAUCAAAGCUUUAUAAAGAUGUGCAUUUUUUGUUAUUAAUAAAAUAUCUGGCAGUUCUUGUGCAGUAUUUUCUGACUGUGCUAUCUGUUAAGCAGCUUCUACCCAGCAGCU